AUGAUUGUCGGGCUACCCGUUGAGACUGUUGCUCCUCGACAGUCGAUUCGCUGGGAUGUGGGCUCCCGUGUGAAGUCUGCGGUCGGGCUGGAGACCACCACUCGUGUGAGUAGCUCGGUAGCCCUUUGCGAGGACUGCGGCGAAGCGAACGCCCCGCGACUUGCGUUGGACGUGGUGAUCGAGGGCUCAGUGACACAAGACCGCAACCUCGGCCGCCGGAAGGCAUGGGCCAGACGACCGGUGCCUGAUGAGAUGGCCUGGAUAUGUGGCUUGCGUUGUAUGGAUCGGCGUGCCUUACCUUGGGCAUGCACGCACCAGAAUCUGCAGGCCCGGCGUCACCAAUGCAGCUCUGCGGGGUUCGGCGGUCUACCGGUGAACAUGACAUCUGUGCCAGGCCAAUCGUCACAACCGCACAUGUGUAGAAAUGUCAGCAUGCCGGUCGCGGCGCCGCAUUUCUGGGCUUGGGGAUUGCCGUACACGUCACAAUCGUUCCGCCCAGAACGUCCGUCACCCGGCCUUGGGAGGGUCAGCGUUCACAUGCCCUGCCAAUAA